GCCGCCAAACAGCUGCCGUCACCCACCAUCAGCGUCAAAACAUCGCCAGACCACCACCGCCGUAACUAUCCCUCUGAAGCACGCGGCAUCUCCGCUCCCUUCUUCGAUCAGAUUCCUUUUUUGCUAUCAGUCACGGUGUUCCCACCACCAAACCUUCGUCGCCGAUGCAUGUGAGAUCGCCAGCUGCCACUCCCGGCCUAAGAGUACGAUUGAAGGUCUUUUUCUUCGCGGAUUGAUGUUCUGCCCCAUUGCCUCUUGUUCGAUUUGGCAGAGAUCUCGCUUUUCCGGUGCUGCUAGCUGCAUUACAGAUCAUUAGUUGUGGAACAAUGCCAUCGCUACGCCAAGGAGGACGACCUUGAACUUCCGCCGCCGUCAUCGUCUUCUGAACGAUAUGCCCGUUCGGUUUCUGCCUCUGGAAGCUGGCUUCCUCUGCCGCGCCCUCCACGCGUUGCCUAAAAAAUUAGAAUGACUGACUGCCUGCACUGCGCACCCCUCCCUUGCUUCAGAGACCUCGCAUCUCGCACGCUGCCUCAUCGCCGAUCACCGUAGUGGUUUCUUCGCCGGUAAUCGGUUGCUGAUCCACAUAUAACAUCGUUGCUUCUUCCUUCGUUGAUUUGUCCAGAAUAUCAAAGCAAUAGCCAAGACGAAAACAAGGAGGACAAAGAAGAGACAUCAUGGAAACAAGCACCAAAGAAGACUUAGAAAUCAAGAAGGUGGAUUGUGAUGCAUCGGAGAUCGAGUAUGUUAGUUAUGGUGGCGAGCACCACCUCCCCCUGAUCAUGAACCUAGUCGACCAAGAACUCAGCGAGCCUUACUCUAUAUUCACGUAUCGUUACUUUGUCUAUCUCUGGCCUCAGCUCUCUUUCCUAGCAUUCCACAAGGGUAAAUGUGUCGGCACGGUGGUUUGUAAGAUGGGCGACCAUCGAAACGUUUCCAGAGGAUACAUUGCCAUGUUGGUUGUGAUAAAGCCCUAUAGAGGAAAAGGCAUUGCUACAGAACUUGUUACUAGAUCUAUUAAGGUGAUGAUGGAAUCUGGUUGUGAAGAAGUUACUCUGGAAUCAGAAGUUACAAACAAAGGAGCAUUGGCACUCUAUGGUCGCCUUGGCUUUAUUAGGGCUAAGAGGCUCUUUCAUUAUUAUUUGAACGGAGUCGAUGCUUUCCGGCUCAAACUGCGAUUCCCUCGGCCGGAGCUGCACCCAUCUCUGCCUGUGAUGGCAGAUAAAUAUGGUACUAGUCAUAUAACAAGUGAUCAUGGUAAUUCAGCAUUUGAACAAUGAUUUGAUUCCUUCAAUGCCUGUUUGAGUGUUUGUAAAGAAUCAUAAACCCUUCUUGAGCAUAUUGAUGUAGAAUUAGUUAGAUACCAAGAUUUUUUAUUGGCUCAACUCUAUUUAUAUUACCAUGUAAUGAUUAAUAUAAUGCUAUUAGUAUUAGUGAUUAUACAAUAUAUGAAUAUGGUAAAAGAAAAAACUAUAGAAUUAUGCUAUAUUCUGUAAAAUAAUACGCGGUGGGAUGCCUUUUAUUGUGAAA